AUGCCGGAGUUAACUGUAACAUCUGAGAUAUAUGAAGAAUAUGAUUAUCAAACAAAAAUUAAACCAAGCCAAGAUGGGAAUGUUAUAUCAGAGUUUCCAUUUCUUUUGCCAAAAAGCAGAAAUAAACAUAAGUUUGACAAAGAUGAUGACUUAGAUGUUGAGAGGCCUCAUAAAGCAGUUAUUAAAAUUGAACAUAGUUCUAAAACAAAGAUAGCACUUGUUGGUCUUCAAGUAUGGAGGGGUGCGUUUCUGCUUGGUGAUUUACUUAUACAUCUUGGACUAAAUGGAGAGUUAGAAGGCAAAAGUGUGCUGGAACUUGGUGCUGGUACCGGCUUGACGAGUUUUGUUGCUGCUUUAUAUGCAAAAAAAGUUAUUUGUACAGACAUUGACUUGGGUGGAAUAUUGGAGCUUAUCAAAUUGAACGCAAAAUAUAAUAGCCAUUUAAUAAAAUCACAGUUUCAAAUAAUGCCUCUGGAUUUCACUCAAACGGAAUGGAGUAGACAGCUAUCAGAUGAAAUCAGUAACGUUGAUAUUGUUGUCGCAGCGGAUGUAAUCUACGAUGACGACAUCACUGCAGCGUUUGUUUCAACCGUACAAAAAAUAUUGAACACAAGGCCCCCGAAGGUGCUGUACGUCGUGAUGGAAAAGCGAUAUGUUUUCACCGUCGAGCAUAUGGACUCAGUGGCGCCUUGUUACGAGACAUUCCUAACGUUGCUCGAUAAAGUUAAGUCGGAAAAUGGUCAUUCCCCUUGGACUGUUGAGCAGCUCCCGCUGGACUUCCCGAAGUACUUUACUUACGAUCGUGUCAAAGAGUUAGUACUGUGGAAGAUAUUUUCGAAGUGA